AGAGACACUCAUACAAAAAUAGCACAGAACCCAAAAUAAAUGAUAUAAAACUGUAAGAAAAACCCACCUAACUUUACCUCCCAUUUCCACCGAAGACUGAACUUUCAUCCUUUCGCAAUCCCCACCCCCCCAGCAAUGGCGGACCAUGAUCUCUCCUCACCUCUUCUCUCUUCCCAGACCUCCAAUCCUCCCCACCUAAUCCUCACCGUCCAAGACUCUGACUCUCGCAAUCACUCUAACAACAACAAUCGCAAUCAUCGAAAUGGUCGAAGUUCUCACGACAACAGCAAAAACCCAUUUGAGUUUCUCGGGUCUAAGGGGCUGGACGUGCCCGUACCGGCCAUGGUGGACCCAUUCCGCAACGGGACUCCGAGGAUCGUCGGGUUGUACGAGUGGGUGAAGAUCAUGGUUUGCUUGCCGAUUGCGGCGGCGAGGCUCGUGCUCUUCGGGGUAUGCUUGCUGGUGGGGUUUCUGGCGACGAAGGUGGCUCUGCAGGGUUGGAAGGACAGGCAGAGCCCCCUGCCCAGGUGGAGGUCCAGGAUCAUGUGGGUAACCAGGAUUUCCGCCAGGCUUAUUCUCUUCUCUUUUGGCUAUCAUUGGAUAAGACGGAAAGGAAAACCUGCUCCGAGGGAGACUGCUCCAAUAGUUGUAUCUAAUCAUGUGUCAUACGUCGAACCCAUCUUCUAUUUCUAUGAGUUGUUCCCUACCAUUGUCGCAGCUGAGUCCCAUGACUCCAUACCUUUUGUUGGAACUAUUAUCAGAGCGAUGCAGGUGAUUUAUGUUGAUAGGUUCUCACCGUCAUCAAGGAAGAAUGCUGUCAAUGAGAUAAAGAGAAAGGCUUCUUCGGGUAGAUUUCCUCGAUUGCUAUUAUUUCCAGAGGGAACCACAACUAAUGGAAGGGUCCUUAUUUCAUUCCAACUUGGCGCAUUCAUCCCUGGCUACCCAAUCCAACCUGUAAUUGUACGCUAUCCUUACAUACACUUUGACCAAUCAUGGGGGAAUAUCUCUUUGGGAAAGCUCAUGUUUAGAAUGUUCACACAGUUUCACAAUUUUAUGGAGGUAGAAUACCUUCCUGUUGUUUCACCACUCACUAGUCAAAAAGAAAGUGCUGUCCAUUUGGCUGAGAGGACUAGCCAUGCUAUUGCAACUGCGCUUAAUGUUAUACAAACCUCGCAUUCCUUUGGGGACUUGAUGCUUGUUAUGAAAGCAUCACAAUCAAGACAGGAGAAUCCCUCGAGUUACAUGGUUGAAAUGGCUAGGGUGGAAUCAUUGUUCCAUAUAAGCAGCUUGGAAGCUGUGGACUUCCUGGAUAAAUUUCUGUCGAUGGACCCCAACCCAAGUGGCCGUGUUAAAUUUGAUGACUUCUUGAGGGUUCUAAGACUCAAGGCUUGUACUCUUUCUGAAGAGAUAUUUUCGUUCAUUGACGUGGAGAAGAGUGGAACGAUCACAUUCAAGCAGUUCUUAUUCGGAUCAGCACAUGUAAUGAAGCAGCCAUUGUUCAGGCAAGCCUGUGAAUUAGCCUUUGCUGAAAGCAAGGCUGGAGAAAAUGAUUACAUACUAGAAGAUGAAUUGGGAGAUGCCCUUAGACCUGCAAUGCCAGACUUGAAUGCAGAUGAGGUCCAUGGGCUGUUCAAUUUAUUUGAUUCCGAUAAUGAUGGGAAGAUCAGUAAGGGUGAUUUUGAUUCCUGCCUAGGAAGGAAUCCUCUGCUGCUAGCACUUUUCUUACCUGGUUUUCGACGCAAGGGCUUGUCAGAAGCUGGUAAUAGGAUGCUGGAGGUAGUUUCAUGAAUGAGUUUUCCAUGCUUUUUGUAGUUUAGUGAUCUUUUACCCCCUGAUUAUUGGUUUUUGGCUUUUGGGAGGGGGGGUAGUUACCAUGAGAUUAGUAUCCGGUGGGGGGGGGGGGGGGGGGGGGGGGUUUAAUAUUUUUAAUCUUUCCCCUGUAAAAUGCUCUCUUUAAGUCUGUUUCCAUUCAGUUUUUGUAUUAAUUUCUAUUUUUUUUACUGAUAUUUACAAGCUGAUAUUACAUAAAUAGUUUGAGAAUCUCAUAUUGUGCUUAAA